UUCACACUACGUGGAGAUAAGCUCGUCUGGAUGCACCACAUUUUAUAUGGUUGCUCUUUCAUGGCGUUGACUAGCGGGCGCCGCGUCGUUCAACUACCGUGGUAGCCUCUAUACAGGACAUAACCUAAAGGCAUGGCGACAGCCGCCACAACGACUUCACGGAGUCAAAAGGUUGAGGCGGGCGUAGGUGUGGGUGCGGUUCUCUGAUCUCAAUCGUUGCAUAUGUGACUUUGUUCGCAAUUUACUUAUCCCUACCAAUAUAUCUUUCUGCUGCAACAUAAUUACGGUUGGGAAAGGGACCAGACCGACUACCAACCAUUCAAGACUGCCCGCCAGUAUCGCAUUGAAGGAAGUUCGAGGCAAUGGGUCUCGCAACGUUUUGGGCGUCGUUGACGUCGCCGCGAGUGAGAGAGAUCGAGCACAAACAUCGACCAUUUUCAUAUGAAGCGCAAGAACCUGUGCCCGCGAUGACUUCGAUAGAGUCGACCAUGUACAAAGCACCGACGAGCGCUGCCUCUAUGACUGCGCUGCCUCGUGUAACACCACGGGCUGAGGCCCCAAGGAGUGUACUGAAAGACACCCAGACCAAAACCUCAAAACAGGCACCGGCACCGGAAGUGAAGAGACGACGGAGUAGGUUUGGCAAGCCUCCAGCCGCAGAGGAGACUACCGCCCUACCGCCAAUGCCUUCACCCGCCCGGCCAGCUCUAGCUCACGUCAAAAGCCAGCCAAAUGUUCGCCCUGUUACGGCCAUCACGGCAAACGAACCGCUACCUUGGAGCAAAGCACCAGGCCCCAAUGUGGAGGAGCGGAAGAGUCGAAGGAGGUCGCUCGCGGAGGUUCUGAAAGGUUCUCGCAAAAGGAGCAAGUCGUCUGCAACGCAAAGUGGCCUCGAGAGACGGCAGUCAGUACUCGGCGGUCAUCGAUCGAUCAUUCCCCCGGUCCCCAGUGUCCCUGCCUCGGCCGCGGAGCUGAUCAACCCCACUACGGGCAUGGUACCGUCCUUAGAGGAGAAUGUGGAGAAGCGCAAGAGUAGGCGGCUAUCCUUGAGCAAUGCAUUGAAGCGCGGUCGUAGCAAGUCGUCGGCCUCCCUCAAGAGCAAACGGGGUUCUUGGUGGCAGAGCAGUAAUCCAGACGACGACCACGACGAGCCGCCGCCGCUACCUCCAGUCCCUGCGUUAGUCGAUGAUGAUGGCGUGCGGACGCCGGAGUCUGUUGCCGCCAAAACCGCCAGCCCAGCCAGCAUUUACACCCUUGACCACAAUAUUGCUUCCGAUGGUCCCAUCCACAUGGCAACUCGAGGCUCAGAUAUCAAACAGCCUCGUCCGAUUAGCGGUGGAAGUGUGUUGUCCAAGCACCGGACGUACAGUCCGAAGAACGCCGCCAACGGCUUCUUGCGAUCGACGAGCGCCAGAAGCCCGUACCGGCAUUCCUUACUCGACGAUGGUGAAGGAGGUAUGAUCUGUCUAAGUGACGAGCAGCAAAGAGAGUGGGAGAAGUUACAGCAGCUCAUGGAUGUUAUGGAAGCGAGGCCUGAUACUGAAAGUACCAUGACGAGGACGACAGAGGACGAUAAGAAGGAUAAGAAGGGCCUGCCAGCAUUCUCGAAUGCAGACGCGUUGGCGGCUUUGGAGUUUGGUAUGGCGAAGUAGUCGGCUGCUCGCCGUUCAGAACUUUGAUCUUUACAGCAUCAAUGCCAUUACGCGCCUUUCCGCGAAGAAGAAGACACAACGCAAGAAACGAUAACAAUGUAGGUGCCAAUGGUCAAUCGGCUAGUGGCGUUACCCGAUAAUUAAGUUGUUUGACGUUAGAAACUUACCGACUCAAACUCUCUCGACGGGAUCCGGCCAAGCAACAUAAGCGUUUCGU